AGAGAUGCAGAAACGAGAGCUAGGUAAACAAGGCGGAGGUUCGGGUGGCUCCGGCACUCCGGCGGCGAAGAGAGGCCGACCUUUUGGAAGCACUAAUAGCAACUCAGCUGCAGCGUUGGCGUCCGACGCCGCAGCGCCAUCUACACUCCUUGGCCCAUCACUCCAAGUCCACUCCUCUUUCGCUGAUCAGAAUAAUAAAAGGAUUGUUCUUGCUCUUCAAAGUGGAUUGAAGAGUGAGCUGACAUGGGCGCUAAAUACCCUAACUUUGCUCUCAUUUAAAGAGAAAGAUGAAGUGCGCAAAGAUGCAACCCCCUUGGCGAAAAUACCUGGAUUGCUUGAUGCUCUUUUGCAAGUUAUAGAUGACUGGCGUGAUAUUGCACUCCCAAAAGAGCUCAUAAAAAAUCCACGAACACGGUCACUAGGUGCUAAUUCCAUUGUUACUGGUUUUGGAAACGAGUACAAAGCAUUAGGCUCAAAUGAUGUGCCCCAUCCAAACAUAGGAUCUGCUUCUGUUUCAGAGGCAUCUGUGCAGAAAAAGGCAACUAAAUCUCAGCCUUCGGAAUGGUGGCUUGCUGAGGAUGGUCUGUUUAAUCUGGAUGAUGAAGGGCGGGCAGAAAAGCAGCAGUGUGCUGUUGCUGCAUCAAAUAUUCUCCGCAAUUUCUCCUUUAUGCCAGAAAAUGAAGUCAUUAUGGGCCAGCAUCGCCAUUGCUUGGAAACAAUCUUCCAGUGCAUGGAGGACCAUGUUACAGAGGAUGAGGAACUCGUAACAAAUUGCCUCGAGACAAUUGUGAAUUUGGCUCCAUUGCUUGACCUUCGAAUCUUUAGCUCAUCAAAACCAUCCUACAUCAAAAUAACAGAGAAACGAGCUGUUCAAGCCAUCAUGGGAAUAUUGGGAUCUGCUGUGAAAGUUUGGCAUUGUGCAGCUGCGGAGUUGCUUGGGCGUUUGAUAAUAAACCCCGAGAAUGAACCUUUUCUUCUUCCUUCUGCUCCACAGAUCUACAAGCGGUUGGUAGAUCUUUUGAGCUUGCCAGCUGUGGAUGCACAAGCUGCUGCAGUGGGGGCACUUUAUAACCUUGCGGAAGUCAACAUGGACUGUCGAUUGAAGCUUGCCAGUGAACGAUGGGCGGUUGAUCGGUUGCUGAAAGUGAUCAAGGCACCACAUCCAGUACCAGAAGUGUGUAGAAAAGCAGCAAUGAUACUAGAAAGCCUAGUCUCAGAGCCGCAAAACCGACCUCUGCUCCUGGCGUAUGAGAACGCAUUUGCAGAGAUCCUAUUCUCAGAUGGAAAAUAUUCGGAUACAUUCGCUCGGAUAUUAUUCGAAUUAACAUCAAAGCCCAACAGCAAAGUGGCAACUGCUCGCGGUAUAUGGGGCAUGUAACACCUUGAUUUCGGUUGCCAAAAAAUUAGGUACAUUUCUAACACCUGUGGUCUGUAGUUUUAGAUUUGAACAUGAAUUUAACGCCCUAUUUUUUCUUCUUCUUGUAGUGGUGGGAAAGAUAUGAGUAAAUGUUGUGAAUCUCUUCUAAAGGUAUUUAAAACUUUUAAGUACUAGUAAUGCUUUUUUUAGAGCUAACAAAUCUAGAAAGGUACAACUUUUAUUGCGUAAGAUACAAGUCGAUAUUAGUUUUGUUG